AUGAAGUCACAGACAUACGAAUAUUAUUUUGUUUCAGGACUGGGAACACAUGGCCUCACAGCCGAUUCUUCGGGAACCCUCAUAUCUUUGCACGUGGCUAUGAAGAAUGAGCUGCAGAGGCAUGUGGAGGUCUACAAGCAGGCUUUACAUAAGCUGGAGGAGCUGUCCUCGGUGACAGUAAACCAGGACCCAGCAUCAUCAUCCCACCAGCGGUUACUCGCACUCUCCCACGCUGAUGUCGAACGCCGUCUCAUCGAUAACAAAUCCCUCCUCACUAUUGUCGAUAAACCAGCUUUACGACAACUCCCGACAUUGGUCUCUUCCCUUUCUGCGAGGGUGGAAAGCGAUAAGGCAGUGCUGGCCUGCGUUGGGCAGAUUAAGAGAAGCGAUCCGACCCUGGACUUGAGUGAUACCAGGUUAGUCGUUUAA